AUGUCGAGCAUCGGCACCCUAGCACGAUCGACGAUUAGAGCCAGACUACUUCCUAUAUCCUUUGCCAACUCAAGACGCUUCGCAUCCACCCUCCCAUUGACCAUCAAACCAUCGAUAACAGAGCUCUCCGCCGGCAGGCUUGGCGAACGCAACCUUGAGAAGGCGAUCCGCAGCCUCCACGAAGAUGACCUAAUCGUUGUCUCCGAUGUCAUACCACAUGCACAUCUCGACCAGCUGAACGCCAAGAUGGUCUCUGAUGCCCGGACCUUACAAGCCAGAGGCAAAGAUAUGCCAUUCAAUUACAACGUCGGCAACAUUCAGCAGGAUCCACCACCAGUAAAAGAGUACUUCGAAUCGUCGAUCUUCCUCAAUCCCAUUGCAAGCCAGAUCACUACAAGCAUGCUAGGUCCAAAGCCCAAGUGGACCUUCUGUAGUGGCAACUCAGCUAUGCCUCCAGCAUCCGUUUCUCCACCUCAAAGGCAACCUGUUCACGCUGAUGCCGACUUUGCACAUCCGACCCAUCCUUUCGCACUGGUCGUCAACGUUCCCCUUAUCCAAUUCACGCCCGGGAACGGUAGUACCGAAGUUUGGCUGGGCACACAUACUGGAGAACUAUCUGGGCUGCAGAUCCAGGAAGGUGCUCAUGGCGAGCGAGCAAGUGGUCGGAUACAGAAGCCCCUGCUUGAGCAGAGACGGCGGGCUAGAGGUCCUAGCCAGCCGGUGAUAGAGAAGGGCAGUAUCGUCAUUCGUGACCUUCGGCUGUGGCACGCAGGAAUGCCGAAUACGACGCAGGACGUCCGAGUUAUGUUGGCCAUGAUCCACUUUGCUCCCUGGUACAGGAAUCCCAUGCGCCUUGAGCUCGCCGAGGAUCUCAAGCCUACCAUCAAUGCUCAAUAUGAUCUUCAGGUUCCGGUGAAUUGGGUUCGCCGCGAAGAGGCUGAGGCACGCUAUCUUAAUCGUGGGUUUGGCAAUAGCUAUGACUUCAACCAGACUGUAUAG